ACAUUUACCUCAAAAUUAUUAGUUUUUCUUUAAAACUCGCAACACCUGUAUCGGUCUUGGUUGGAAUGCAGAAAUAAUUUAAAUUUCCCUCUAAGGACAGUGCGAAUUCUAGUGAAAGGAAGAUAAAGCUUCAACGAAUCUACCAUACAGAACUCGUGUCAGCCGAGAUACAAACCUCUCCGGAAAUAACAUAUGUUUGACGAAGUUUCAUGCGGUCUGUGGGUACGACAACUUCAGCCAUUUUCUGUCGAAAAGUGUUUAUUUUCUAGAUUUUGAUCAAAAUUAAAAUCGCAAUUAAAUGUCAGAACCACAGUCUGCACUUUUAUUAAGAAAACAACUUGCAGAACUUAAUAAAAACCCUGUAGAGGGAUUUUCCGCAGGCCUUAUAGAUGAUAAUGAUAUUUAUAGAUGGGAAGUAUUAAUAAUUGGUCCUCCAGACACAUUAUAUGAAGGUGGGUUCUUCAAAUGUCAUUUAUAUUUUCCCAAGGAAUACCCACUAAAACCACCAAAAAUGAAAUUUAUAACAGAAAUUUGGCAUCCCAACAUUGAUAAAAAUGGGGAUGUUUGUAUAUCAAUUUUACAUGAACCUGGGGAUGAUAAAUUCGGAUAUGAGAAAGCAUCAGAACGGUGGUUGCCUGUCCAUACUGUAGAAACUAUUUUAAUUUCAGUUAUAUCAAUGCUGGCUGACCCAAACGAUGAAUCACCAGCUAAUGUUGAUGCUGCUAAAGAAUGGCGAGAGCAUUAUUCUGAAUUUAAAAGGAAAGUUGCUCGUUGUGUGCGGAAGUCGCAAGAAGAGUGUUAGUAUAGCCUUUAAAAAUAAACAUUAUGAAAUUUUGUGGUAACAUCAGUAACGGUUUCGUGAAAUCCGCAGUUUUCAUUUUCUUUUAAUUAAUUCACUUUGUUCAAACGAGUAGAUUUUAUGUAUAAUUUUUGAGACCUUCUCGCUUCCUUUUGGGAAGCGUAGAAGAUACGAACCUAGCCUGCCUCAGUCUCCGACCAUGCCUUUCCCAAUUCCUCGUUCCUCCCCCAGUCCCCUCAUCUGCAUGAGAUCUCGAAACGGCGCAAAAAACAUAUGUUCAUAUAUUUUUUUUAUUAAAACCGAGGCGCAUCUACUGUGUGAUUUUGCUUUAAACAAAUUUAUUAAUAUUAAGACGAUUCAAAAAAAAUAUAUUGUACAUCGGCCGAUUUUGUUUGUAAUUACUUAACGAAUAAUAAAAUAUUAUUGUUUUAGUGCGGUUUUUAACAUUGUAUUGUAAUCUUGUAAAAAUUGUUCUCCUUUUUUAUUAGUUGUUUUUUAACUUCCUCUUCUUAGGUAAAUAAAUGAAUUUGAAUUAAUCGAAUCGAAUUGAAUGAUUAUUGAAAAAUGUACUGUGUCCCCAAUAUUUGUAAUAGUGAUAAAUUGUAUAUGGUGUGACAUUUAUUGUGUACACACUCUUUUUUCCAAUUGAUUACAAGAAACACAAUUUUUUAAUUUAAGUGUAUAGUGUAUUGCUUUUUAAUUUUUUUCCUUUUUUAUGACGUAUGGUUUCUGUAGGUUUACUUAUUUAAAUAAAUUUAUUACAAAAG